UGGCCGCCCGCGCAAUCCGUGCGGCCUGCAGAGAGGCGUCUGGCGGUCGAGUUGUGGGAGUGCCGCGGGGGAGGCGCUGGGCCACAGGGGCCCGGAAGCCUGGCGGGCGGCCGUGGGAGGGCGCGCGUCCUGGCGGAGGUGCGAGCCCGGGCCGCACGUGUGUCCGCUCGCCGCGGCCGCCGCUGCGUUCCCCGGUCCUAGCCGCGGUCACCUGAGACCAGGCGGCCCCUAGCGCUAAGCCGGCCGCGGCUCCGAGAGGCUCUUCUCUCGCCUGCCUGAGCUCCGGCCUUGGCCGGCCUGGGAGCUUCGCAGUUGGCCACACCGGCCUUUUCCGCGCCGGUGACUGGCCAUAUUCGAAGGAGGAUUUCAGUGGACGUUAGGGGACCGAGAGGGGCUCCUGUGAGAGACCGAAGUUUCCGUCCCCACAGCCCUGUCCUCGCUGAAAAGAGGUUGCGUCAGAGCCCCCGCACCCCAGAAACGAGUCAGGCCUUCAGGCGUCUCGGGCAGCCGAAAUCUCUGCCGAAAGACGACACAUCCGACCAGAGAGCUGCUACUGCUCUAACUAGAACGUUAGGGCAAAAAUCGCAAAGCCUGGGGAAAUGGGCACAUCUUAGAGCUGCUGGGGCCAGUGGGAUUUUCUUACCCUCAUGGGUUUGCGGGGGAGGCUUGGCCUGUUUGGUCCAAAGCCUAGUGGAGAGAGGCGAGGGAGGUGCAGCUUGGAGAGACAGGAAAGGCACCCCAGGAGAGGGUGUGUGAAGGUAACAGGAGCUGAUUAACUUUUUUCCUACAGUUUUGCUGGACUGCUGCUUAGUCUAUGUCCUGCAAGGUGGACUUGAUUUUCAUGGUUUUUUCGCUUUCCCUAACUCUACUUUUCCAGGCAUCUGUCCUUCUUGAGAGGAGGAAAUGACCAAGUUCCAGGAAUGGUCAACUACUUAGUUUAGAAGAAGAAAGGACAUAUGAUUUAUAUGACUAGGGAAAAAAUUGAGAUCAGAAGUGUACUUUGGCUGAGAGGAAAAAAGAGGAAGGAUCAAAGGAUGGUGAUCUUGAUAAAGCAGAUGUCAUGGAGGAGGAAGAGGAGAAAAAAUAGGAAGAUGUUUUUAAGGAACCAGUAACCUUCAAGGAUGUCUCUGUGGAUUUCUCCGAGGAGGAGUGGGGUUGCUGGACCCUGCUCAGAGGAAGCUGCACACAGCUGUGAUGCUGGAAAACUACAGUCACUUGGUCUCAGUGGUCUUAUGUUCACAGUGAUACUGGAGUGUACAUCCUCAGCUGAUGCUCAUCCCUUUUUGGUGCAUGCAUGUUCUACUUACAGGGGACACCUCUGCUGACUGGGCUUGGGAUGGAUCUAAUAAGAAUCCAGAUGGAGACUUGAAUGAAAAUUCUGUGGAGAAUCAACAGAAAGGACUUAGGUUAUCUCUUACCUGAAUAGCUUUCCUCCUGGCAAAUUUUGGAAGAGAUGGCCAGUACAAUAACUGGGAGUCAGGAUUAAACUGUGAAUCUUCAGUGUACAGGAACCCUGAACUAGGUCUUCCCACCUGUCAAAAGUGGGGAGAAGCAUCUUCUCAUAUUUCCAAAAACAAAAGCAGUUUGGUGACUCUUCAGAGUGAUGAUUUAAAAAACAUGGAAAGUGAAGAAUAUUUGUCUUUGAAAGUCCCAAGCCAAAUGGCCACACAGGACUCCUCAGUGACGUUCUGUAAGAAUGAGCCCCAAGAUCCUCAGGAAAGCAAAAGUCUGUUUGUAACUGAAGAAAGCACUGAGAGGAAAAUCUCAGAGGGGAAAAGUCCUCCCAUCGACCAUUGUUCAGAGAAACUUCAAAAUAAACUUGUGUCUGAUGUAAAAGAAGUGGUCUCACCCUCAUUCAGAGGUGAGACAAUAUGCCAGAUUGGCCAGUCAAAAGAAUCCUUGGAUCCCUUUGACUGUAACCGCAAGGACAUUUGUGGUUGGAAAUCAUGGGUGAUCAGUCGUAGUCAUCAGAGAGCUCAUACAGAGGAGAAGCCCUGUACCCAUUAUGACUGUGGGAAAAUACGUACCACCAGCCCAGGUGGUCACCCAGGUGAGAAAAUCCACACUGCCGAGAAACUAUACAGAUGUAGUCAGUGUGGUAGGGACUUCAGUGAGCGCUCAGAGCUAGUCCUUCAUCAGAGGGACCACACAGAAGAAAAGCCCUACAGAUGUGAUCAGUGCGGGAAGGGCUUCACGAGAAGCUCAAGUCUCCUCAUCCACCGCGAAGUCCACGCAGAUGAGAAGCCUUAUAAGUGCGACAAGUGUGGGAAGGGCUUCACGAGGAGUUCAAGUCUGCUCAUUCAUCACUCAGUCCACACAGGCGAGAAGCCUUACAAAUGUGACAAGUGCGGGAAGGGCUUUACCCAGAGCUCCAAACUGCAUAUCCACCAGCGAGUGCACACCGGAGAGAAGCCCUAUGAGUGCGGGGAGUGUGGUAUGAGCUUCAGUCAGCGCUCCAACCUGCACAUCCACCAGCGCAUCCAUACAGGGGAGAGGCCCUACAAGUGUGGAGAGUGUGGGAAGGGCUUCAGUCAGAGUUCAAACCUUCACAUCCACCGGUGCUCACACACGGGGGAGAAGCCUUACCAGUGCUAUGAGUGCGGGAAGGGCUUCAGCCAGAGCUCAGACCUCCGCAUCCACCUCAGAGUCCACACUGGAGAGAAGCCCUAUCACUGCGGCAAGUGCGGGAAGGGAUUCAGCCAGAGCUCCAAACUCCUUAUCCACCAGAGAGUCCACACUGGAGAGAAGCCCUACGAGUGCAGCAAGUGUGGGAAGGGCUUCAGCCAGAGCUCCAACCUCCACAUCCACCAGCGGGUCCACAGGAAAGAUCCCCAUUAAAUGAGGUCUUCAAUCGCAUGCUUGUACACUAAAGACUUAUUUUUAACAUCACUCUUUUAUAUUCUCAGGAUAUAGUAAGAGUUAUUCAGAUAAGUUCCCUCACUGGAAAAUCAUUCAUUUAAAGUAUUUAAGUACCAAGCACUUUAUUAUGCUACACAGUGAAUUGAUUGCCCUUGUUCCUCAGAUGGGUAGAGUGAAAACGUCUGUACUUUGCUGUUCAGCCAGUGUUACUAGAACUAUGUAUCCUACCCAGCAUUUUUAAGUGCAAGAACCUUAUAUUUGUCCAAGCAGAACAUGUUUCCUUUGUUCACAUUCUCUGAGAAAUUGGAACUUUGGCUUCUCUUCAAAUCAUGUGCCUUGUGUUUUCCUAUUUCCUUCCAGCCCUGAGUAGCCCUCUCUAAAUUCUGGUUAUACAAUAUGUUAGUUUUAGGUUGAGGGGGUGGUUGGAGAUACAAUGGGCAUGGAAAUCUGUUACUGCACACACGUACUACAGCCUGUGGCCUCACAAGAACGUGGAGAAGAGCUACUCGUGCAGUACACCCCACGUACUACAGGAUGUGGGACCCCUCCCCCUCCUCCCCACAAGGCAACUGCUCAAGAACAUAAGUAGUUCUUUUUCCUGGGUGCAGCUAGUCUGUUGGGGUGCUUCCAGGUCUUGCCACCUCAGAUGACACCCCCACCAAAUUAAAGCCAAGUAGGGUACCUACACCAUGUUGAAACAUGUUAAAUGAAGUUGAAAUAUAUUUAAAUGUAUUUAAUCUGUCUCUCAACACUGAACCUCUCUUAUUUCCUUAAUUUUCUUCACCACCCAUGUUCGGAACCAAACAAAGGAGUCAGGAGAGAGAGUUCUGAUAUUUUUCUCUUCAGACUUAACUCGUUUUAAUAUUUGAUAUACCCCCAAAAAGUCAUUUGUUUUUGCAGCAUUGUUACUGAACCAGACUUCGGUCUGCUUGCCCAUGCACAAUAAAGCCAAUCUACUGACACUGGGUUGUGAAGGAAGUGCACCAUUUAUUGCAGGGCACCAAACAAGGGGUCCAAGCAGCUAGUGCUCAAAAGGCCUAAACUCCCUGAUGGCUUUCAGGGAAAGAUUUUAAAAGACAGGGUGAGGAAGGGGGGACUGUGGGGUGCAUGAUCAGCUCGUGGACAUUCUUCUGAUUGGUUGGUGGUGAGUUAAUUGAGAGUCAACAUCGUCAACCUUCUGUUUCCAUCCUGUCUGGGGUCUAAUUGCUUGUGGGCAGCAUACAGUUAACUUCUUCCACCUGGUGGCAGAUUCAGUAUCUGCAAAACAGCUCAAAGGACAUUGCUCAGAUAUUAUCUAUAGCCCUUCAGGAGGAACUAUAGGUCCUUGACUUUAUUUAAUGGCUAAACUAUUGUUAUUUUGUCUUGCUUCACUGUUUUCCUUUCUUUCUGCAUUUUCUCACUUCUCUGAUUAAAUUUACUCUUUGGAACUCUG